AUGGCGAAUCAUCCUCUCAGACUCGAUGGCCAACGGAUACGAGAUGCGGAAGGGCGGGAAGUCACUUUUCGGGGGAUCAAUGUAGACGCUGGUUGUAAGAUGCCACGGCAUCCAGACCAGCCGACAUACGAGCGCAAGAGAUUCUUCGACCCCAAUGUGUCCUUUGUAGACAGGCCAUACAACGAGCAAGAGGCGCACGAACACUUUGCGAGGCUAAAGAGAUGGGGAUACAAUGUGAUACGAUACAUCUUCACGUGGGAGGCGCUCGAGCACGCAGGCCCGGGCAUAUAUGACGCCGACUUUAUUGCACAUACCGUCAAGAUCUUGAGGAUAGCGAAAAGCUACGGGUUCUACGUCUUCAUGGAUCCCCACCAGGAUGUUUGGUCGCGGUUCACUGGCGGAUCAGGAGCACCGCUAUGGACUCUGCACGCCUGUGGCCUGGAUCCGGAGAAGUUUGUUGACACCCAGGCUGCGGUUGUGCAUAACACCUGGUCCGAUGUCAGUGACUUCCCUAAGAUGCUGUGGCCUACGAACUACACGCGACUUGCGACCGAAACGACGUUCACUCUGUUCUACGCUGGUCGCGACUUCGCUCCCAACGCUAUGAUUGAUGGCAAGAAUAUCCAAGACUACCUUACAGACCACUUCAUCGAGUCUUGCACACAAUUAGCCAAAGGCAUUCAUGAGGCCGGAGACUUGGAAGAUGUGUGCGUGAUUGGCUGGGAAAGCAUGAACGAACCACAUCGAGGCCUCGUGGGCUGGGAAGACAUGAGUGCGAUUCCGGACAGCUUGAAGAUGAGGAAGGGAACCAUGCCCACUCCAUGGCAAUCGUUACUCACUGGGUCGGGCCGUGCCCUUGAGAUUGAUGUAUGGGAUUUUGGCAGCUUUGGCCCGUACAAAAGUGGCACUGAGUUGGUUGAUCCACAAGGCGUGUCAGCGUGGGCUGCUCCGGCAAUCGAUGAGCAGUAUACCUGGAAAAGAGAUCCAAGUUGGAAGUUGGGCGAAUGUCUGUGGGCUCAGAUAGGGGUUUGGGAUCCGAGUCAAGAUCAGCUGUUACAGAAAGACUACUUCUCGAAAGUCCCGAAAACGGGCGAAAAGCUCGACUAUGAUCGGUUCACUAACACAUACUUUCUCGAUCACUAUCGGAAAUACAGGGAUGCUAUUCGAAGUGUCCACAAAGACGCUGUUAUCCUCAUGGAAGCACCAGUGCUGGAAAUACCACCGAACAUCAAGGGUACCCCAGACGAUGACAACCGACUGAUAUUUGCAUCCCAUUACUAUGAUGGUGUCACCCUGCUCAACAAGCACUGGAAUAAGUUCUGGAACUUCGACAUCGUCGGCUUCAUGCGCGGCAAGUAUUCGUCGCCUGCAUUCGCUGUGAAGAUUGGUGAGACAGCCAUCAGGAACUCCCUUCGAGAUCAACUGGACUACCUGCGCAAGGAGGCGACUGAAAUGACAGGCUCGCACCCUUUCCUCUUUACUGAAAUUGGAAUUCCCUAUGAUAUGGACAAUGGCUAUGCUUACCGCACGGGCGACUUCAGCAGCCAGGUGUCCGCGUUGGACGCCAAUCACUUUGCUCUUGAAGGCAGCAGCGCGAACGGUUAUACACUAUGGACAUAUGCUGGCCACAACAACCACCAAUGGGGCGAAAACUGGAAUGGCGAAGAUCUCUCGAUCUACUGUAUCGACGAUAGCGUUCCCGUCAGCAAAGCCACCCUCCUUCCUUCGGCCGGCGCCUCGACCCUCUCGCUGGACAAAGGAUCUACCCACAGCCCCGUGGUCGAUCCAUCUAACCUCAACCGCCACGUAAAGAGCCCGUCCAUCUCUGCCGCCUCCACAUCCAAAGCGAACGCAGAGCCCAAGUCACCCGGUUUGCGCGCCGCCGAAGCCUUCAUACGACCAUCUCCACUGCACACCGUAGGCGAUGUGGUCAAGUACGGCUUCGAUCUCCGCAACUGCGUCUUCACAUUCAGCCUCGUUGCCAACAAGCCCUGCACCGAAGAGGUGUGCACCGAGAUGUUCCUGCCAGACUUCCACUUCCCAGGCGACAAAUCGCACGUGGAGGUGAGUGGCGGGAAGUGGAUGAUCGAGCUGAAGGAUGUGGAAGGCGAGACGAUGCAGACGUUGAAGUGGUGGCACGGUGAGGGUGAGCAGACUAUCAAGGUGACGGGUGUGAGGAGGAAGCUGGGCGUCGCUGGCGGAGAAGUUGAGGAUGAGGAGUACGGCUAUUUCGAAACGAUGGCCAAGGUGGCGCAGAACUGUUCUAUCAUGUGA